AUGAAGGCGCUAGUUGAAGAGAUUGAUAAGAAAACUUACAAUCCUGACAUAUAUUUCACGUCAUUGGAUCCUCAAGCACGUCGAUAUACUUCAAAGAAGAUUAAUAAGCAAGGCACAAUAUCCACCUCUAGGCCCGUAAAGCGCAUAAACUACUCACUGGCAGAUUUAGAGGCCAGGUUAUAUACUUCGAGAUCUGAGGGAGAUGGCAAUAGUAUAAGCAGACAGGAUGACCGAAAUAGUAAGAAUUCCCAUUCAUUUGAAGAAAGGUACACACAACAAGAGAUUCUCCAGUCGGACAGGAGGUUUAUGGAACUUAACACAGAAAAUUUCUCGGAUUUACCAAAUGUACCGACUUUAUUAAGUGAUCUCACAGGCGUACCACGAGAUAGAAUUGAAUCAACAACCAAACCGAUCUCACAGACCUCGGAUGGUCUCUCUGCAUUAAUGGGUGGUUCUUCUUUUGUAAAAGAGCAUUCCAAGUAUGGUCAUGGUUGGGUGCUUAAACCAGAAACCUUACGGGAAAUACAAUUAUCGUAUAAAUCUACAAAACUACCUAAACCAAAGAGGAAGAAUACCAAUCGUAUUGUGGCGUUAAAGAAGGUUUUAAGUUCAAAAAGAAAUUUACAUUCGUUUUUAGAUUCUGCGCUGCUAAACUUGAUGGAUAAGAAUGUCAUUUACCACAAUGUUUACAAUAAACGAUACUUCAAAGUGUUACCCCUAAUUACGACAUGCUCUAUUUGCGGUGGCUACGAUAGUAUUUCAAGUUGCGUUAAUUGUGGAAAUAAGAUUUGUUCUGUAAGUUGUUUUAAAUUGCAUAAUGAAACUAGGUGCAGAAAUAGAUAG